AUGGCGCCCGAACUCCUGCUCCUGCAGGUCUUCGGCAGGUCCCGCGUCCGGGGGCGGGGCAAGGCGUGGGCAGGGCCGUCGCGCCUUUGCGCGCGGGGCGGGGCUAGCACCGAGAAGAACAGCUACCGCCGCACCGUCAACACCUUCUCGCAGAGCGUCAGCAGCCUGUUCGGCGAGGACAACGUGCGCGCCGCUCAAAAGUUCCUGACAAGGCUGACUGAGAGGUUCGUGCUGGGAGUGGACAUGUUUGUGGAAACCGUGUGGAAAGUUUGGGCAGAGCUCUUGGAAGUUCUUGGACUCGACGGUGACUUCCCUUCCCUCAUGACCCAAGACAGCUGCUCCUAUACCAGCCAUCGCAUCCACAUUCCAGCAGGCAGAAGAAGAAGAGUCUCGAACCUGUCCCAGUACUUCAACCCCAGCUCGGUGGCCAGUAGCCCUGCCCGAGCCCUCCUGCUGGUAGGCGUCGUCCUCCUGGCCUACUGGUUCCUGUCUCUGACCCUGGGCUUCACCUUCAGUGCCCUGCACAUGGUGUUCGGCCGCUUCUUCUGGGUGGUGCGCGUCAUUCUGUUCUCCAUGUCCUGCGUGUACAUCCUGCACAAAUACGAGGGCGAGCCUGAGAAUGCCGUGCUGCCCUUGUGUUUCGUGGUGGCCAUCUACUUCAUGACCGGGCCCAUGGGCUUCUACUGGCGAGGCAGCCCCAGUGGCCCCAGCGUGGAGGAGAAGCUGGAACAGCUGGAGACCCAGGUCAGACUGCUCAACAUCCGCCUCAGCCGUGUGCUGGAGAGUCUUGACCGCCCCAACAGCAAGUGACAACCAGCCAGCCGGCCGGCUCCCCCCCCACCAGCGCCCUCUCUCCGGAAACAAAAAAGAAGAAGAAAAAAAAGAACGCCAAACCCCAAACAGUCUUAAUAAACAUGCCUGAGCAAGAGAGGGGCGCUUUGUGAGGGUGUUUCCGGCCACGUGUCAACUCUUAGGACAUCUUCCGGGAGGAAUUGACAAGAUCAUUGAUAUAGGACUACCCACCAAGUGUCAUUAGUGGAAAAAAAUAUUUUUUAAACAAAGGAUAUAACCAUAUUAGCUGUACAGUAAGAGAAGUUUAUCUGUGCAUAGAGCAUAAAGUUAAUUUUUUCAAGCAUUUAAAUACAUCUUUUGUAAGGUUUUUUAAUAAAGGCAGAUCGAGUUGAGCUUAUUAAAACU